AGGCAACCCAAUCACUCAUCUACGGCUCUGGACUGGGUUUCAAACUGGCAGUGCCCUAUAGAUCCUUGAAGGACCAGUGUCCAAACGAUGUUCUGCCCAAUUGCCGUACGUAUUGGGCUAUCAAUUGCCAAAUGCGUUCAUUCUUAAGAAGGCAACACAGCAAGGAACUCCCAACCACUUCAUCACUGCCACUUCCUUCGGGGCCAGCUUUACCCAGUUCUGUGGUUGUCAAGCUCUGCAAAUUUUCCAUAAAGUCAUAGAGUUUUCCCCAUUACGGCCAACCAAAUUCGACAAAUCUUCUUCUAAAUUUGGCCCGGGGAACCGCUGGAAACAAUCGUCUCAACCCCUUCUUCUUCUUCUGGUUUCCAUUCUGAUUCUGAGCCAACUGAAACCCACACGUCGAGGUACUUCCCCAUAUGGGAUAAUUAUGGCAAACAUUGCAUGGCAAGCCAUGGGUUAUCUCCUCGGAGGGUUAGCAAAGGUACUUGCCUGGGACUUUGCUUUAUCGCCCUUUGACACUUCCCGGAGAAGGACUUAUCUCCAAAGACUAGCGAGGACUGGUUCUUGUGACUCUCAACCGUCGCAGGCCUCGGAUGGUGAUAUUUUCAACAAGCUGUCAAGGCUACCACCGAAAACGACACAGGAAGUCAUACGGCUGUGUCUAACCAAUAUCAUGAUAUGUCAUGGCACUUAUCUCCUCGGCUGUCCUCCAUCGGAGCCAUACUGUGAUUAUUACCAGAGAAUACGCAGGCCUGCAGAAGAGACGAAUCUGUGGUGGGAGACUAUUACCUUUAAUGCCGACUACCAAGAUAUAAAGGUUGUAUCAGACGCAAGUGAGAAUACCACCCCUAAGGGCAGCACAAAGAGGUCAUCUUCUCUACUACUCACCGGCCGGUAUCAAAUUACGCGCUUUAUAUCGCACGGGAUCAAAGCCUGCAAAAACUUACUGGCAGAAGUCUAUGAAACCCCACACUUAUCCGAGAGUUAUAUAGCUCAACAGAGGUGCCAAAGGGUUGCCAAUGGUUAA